UCGAGGCAGGGGUCGCGGCUCGGCCUCGGCCCCGCCUCCGCCCUUGCAACUUGAGCCUAGCUGCGACCCCUGCUCUGACGUCUCGGAAAAUUCCCCCUUGCCCAGGCCCUUGGGGGAGGGGGUGCAUGAUAUGAAAUGGGGCUGAGACCCCCGGCUAGGGGCAGAGGAACCCGCCAGAGGUGAGCCAUGAACUGAGGACUGGAUGCCUGGGUGUCUGGGUUAGGAAGGACCUGGGGGAAUAGACUCCCAAGAAGCCGGGGGCCUGGACUCCUGGAUCUGAGAGACUGAGAGGGCUGUGGUCCCUCACUCCCGGGACCAAGAUUCUAGGCUCCUGGGGAAGGAGGGAGCGGAGGCCUGGACUCCUGGCUCUGAGGGAAGCCAGGGCUGGGGCCCAGACUCCAGAGCCUCCAAGUGUCACCAGCUCACCCAUUGCCAUGUGGACUUUUCCUAACCCAGAACAUUCAGAAGGAGCAUCCAUGGACCUGUGGAACUGGGAUGAGGCAUCCCCCCAGGAAGUGCCUCCGGGGAACAAGCUGGCAGGGCUGGGUAGGCUGCCGGGGCUGCCACAACGUGUGUGGGGAGGGUGCCCAGGUGGGGCCUCUGCUGACCCUAACCCCUUAUCGCCUGCAGAAGGAGCCGAAUUCGGCUUCUAUGUCUCUGAUCUGGCGCUCCAGAUCAGAGCUCAGACUAGAGGGUGGGUAGUUAGGGGUCUCUGUCAUUGCUCACGCUCCUCCCUAUACUCAGGUACGAGCUCAUCCCUGGCAGGCUUCCCACAACUGGACUGGGGAUCCGCGUUACUGUACCCAGAAGUUCCAUGGGGGGCGGAACCCGACCCUCAGGCUCUUCCAUGGUCGGGGAACUGGACAGACGAGGCGUGCACAGCGUGGGACUCUUGGAGCUGCUACUCUCAGACCCUGGGCCCCGCCCCUCCCGGCCCGGGCCCCGCCCCCGCCCCCGCCGCCUGCUCUGAAGGCGCCGCGGGUCAGAAUUGUGUCCCCACGGCGGGAGGGGCCACCUCGUGGUCGCGCGCCCAGGCCGCCGGGAGUACCCCCAGCUGGGACUGUUCUGUGGGCCCCGACGGCAUCACCUACUGGGGCAGUGACCUCGGCGGGGAGCCGCGCACGGACUGUACCAUUUCGUGGGGCGGGCCCGCGGGCCCGGACUGUACCACCUCCUGGAACCCGGGGUUGCCUGCGGAUGGCACCACUUCUUUGAAGGGGUACCAGAGCUCAGCUCUCACCGCUUCUUCCGAACCGAGCCCGCAGUCGGACCGUGCCAGUUUGGCUCGUUGCUCCAAAACUAACCACCGAGGUCCCAUUCAGCUGUGGCAGUUCCUCCUGGAGCUGCUCCACGACGGGGCGCGUAGCAGCUGCAUCCGUUGGACAGGCAACAGCCGCGAGUUCCAGCUGUGCGACCCCAAAGAGGUGGCUCGGCUGUGGGGCGAGCGCAAGAGAAAGCCUGGCAUGAAUUACGAGAAGCUGAGCCGAGGCCUGCGCUACUACUACCGUCGCGACAUCGUGCGCAAGAGCGGGGGGCGCAAGUACACGUACCGCUUCGGGGGCCGAGUGCCCAGCCUAGCCUAUCCGGACUGUGCAGGGGGCGGACAGAGAGCAGAGACCCAAUAAAAAUUCCCGAUCAAACCUC